AUGCUCGUGGAGCAGGACAUGCCCGUAGCGGACGCACCUGAUGAUGAGGGAGACGAUGCUCCUCGGAGGACCUUCAACUUCGCACCGGGCUACCAUGGUCUUGUGUACAGAGCCGACACUUCCGACAGAGGCGCUGGCUCUCGUCAUCACCGCGGCACCACACGCACAGCUGGGGCCGAGCAACCAAGGGCGACUGAGACGAUGGAAGCUACCUACAAGCUCCAGUCGAUGAAAUGGGGCUUGGUACCUUUCUGGACAAAACGCAACCCUGACUACGGCACGAUCAUGAAAGCCAUCAACUGCCGUGAUGACUCCCUCAGUACUCCCGGCGGCAUGUGGUCAAGCAUGAAGGCUCGGAAACGAUGCAUUGUCAUCGCCGAGGGAUUCUUCGAGUGGUUGAAGACGGGCCCCAAGAACAAAUUACCGCAUUAUAUCAAGCGGCGGGAUGGGCAGCUGAUGUGUUUUGCGGGCUUGUGGGAUUGUGUAGAGUAUGAGGACACCCAUGAGAAGACAUACACUUACACCAUCAUCACCACAGACGCGAACAAGCAAAUGCGGUUCAUUCACGACCGCAUGCCUGUCGUACUUGAUCCUGGUUCGGACCACUUGAGAGCAUGGCUUGAUCCUGAGAAGAGCGAGUGGAGCAAGGACUUGCAGUCGAUACUGAAGCCUUAUCGCGGUGAUCUUGAGAUCUAUCCCGUCAACAAGGAUGUAGGGAAGGUUGGCAACAACUCCCCGAGCUUUGUCAUCCCCCUUGAUUCAAAGGAAAACAAGUCAAAUAUUGCCAACUUUUUUGGCAAUGCAUCCAAGAAAUCGGGGGACCAAGGAAUGUCAGCAGUCUCAGGAAACAAGGAGGGGCCAAGUGAGGAGCAGAAGCAUGAACACGCAUCAGAACAUGGUGGUGUGAAAAGGAAAGCUUCUGAAGACGAACUGCAGACGGCGCCAGCUCAAAAGACCAUGCGGUCAAAUCGCGAUGACUUGACGACCUCUAAGACGAUCAGUGCGGUCAACAACAACUCCAGGAGUCCUAAUAAAGUGAAGCCACAGAGAGGGACUCAGAAGAUCACUCAGUUUUUCAAAAACAGCGCCUAA